UCUGAACGAUUGAACAUGCCGCCGCAAAAUAAUUGUUCAACAAAAUGAAAAUCCCGAAGAGGCAAGUCACCGCGAAUCACCAGCCCCAACCGCGAAUAAUCGAUCACUGAAUGGACUCGCUGCAAGAAAUCAGUGCUCUGUGCAGUCUGUACGUGUUUCUCUUUGUUUCUCUAUGCGUCACGAUAGCGCCCUAUAUAAUUCUGUUCUUGUUGCAUUGCUUCGUGCCAUUUUUCAAUGUCACAUUCAGUCCAAAUGGACCUUUGGUGCAGUAACGUGCCAAGAGACUACAGGAAACCUGCAAAGCAAAAUACCCGUUCCAAGCAUAGCACGGGUGUCUGAAAAUGGGGUUUUUUGUGCAUAGGGGGUGCAGUGCAUAGCCUCCAAUAUGCCACUUGAACCGGUGGACUUCCUGGUACCACAUCCAACUGCCAAUGUUUGAUUUGUCGUACAGGUUAGUCACAAAAAAAAUGGUUGGUGGUUUCACGGUUGGUGUUUUUUCAUGACAUCCUGCAAUCCCCAAUCAUUUUCCUCUCUUUCAGGGGGGUGGUUUCACCACCGGCCAGAAACUCUUUGUAGGAACUCAGGACUCGGUACACUUUUGGAUUGGCCAAUUCUUAGGCAGCCCACUGUUUCAGGCGUGAACAAGGAUAUCAAAGGACGCUUCGUGUCUGACUAUCGGGUUGUACAUGGAGGGAGCUAAAGAGCCAUGGCUAUCCAACAAGAGGGGGACGCCUAGGAGGUACCAGGUGCGAAUUGAGUUUCCUAACCACACCGUGCCACAUGAUAGGUUUGUAUGACCUGUUCUUUUGGCCAUUUUAGUCACAGUAGUUCGUGCCGUGGGCACAAUUGGUCCCCACCGAUGGGUUGCGGGUCCAGUGUACCAAAGCGAGUGGCUCCAUAUGACUAUGACGCCAUCAUCCAAGACUUCGAGAAUAAGCUCUUGCGGCCAUUGCCCUCUCAGCAUGAACGUGACUUUAACAAAUCGGACCUUGCUGUCAGACGCCGCUUUAAGAAACGAGUAUCGAGUUGGAACCUCCACGGUGGAGUUGAUCAAGGUUUCGCUGUGAAUCCGAACCGAGAUGAUCAUGACAGGCACAUUGACACGCUAAGACAGUACGGUCGCAAGCUUCGAGCUUCAAAGGGGCAGGAGCUUUUGGAGGUGGUGGAGACAGCACGAAAUCUGGACAGCGGUCGGGAAUGAGGUAAAUCAGGUCAACCAGACCUGUUUCCCGUGGCUGUUGCUGUGGUUCGAUCCCCCAUCUAGCUUCCACAAGAUUUCCGAGGGCAUGCUGUGGCUGUCACGUGGGAACAUCGUGCCAUACGUCCCCUGAGUGAUGUUGGAGCCCUUUGUGGGACCCCAGGAUUCCCGACCCAAAGCUGGUAGGCCCGGUAGGCCUGGUCGAGUGGGCGAUACAGUUGGCGAAGCAUAUCGCAGCGUCGUCAAACCAGGAGUGGCAAGUGUUUU